AUGAAAUCCGUAUCAAAGAUGAGGAGGGGUCACACUCCUCAAGUCUCUUUGAACAAUCCAAACUGUACUGAGUCUCUUGUCCUCUCGCUGCAGAUAAAAAAUUAUGCGAUUGGACGAAUAAAGUCCUUUAAUAUUCUAACCAAAUCCGAGACUGCACAGAAGGCCCGAAUUACUGCCAGGAAGUCUGGGGACUUUACCCUCGAAUUCUCAAAUUCUAGUGAUAGGGACUCGUUUGUGAAUGACUUCGAGUAUAACAAACCAUUUGGCCAGGACGGCCAUUAUAUUUCUGCGUGCAGUCUGCAACCAUCGACCGUAGUCUUGAAGGGAAUACCAUCUUGGGUCUCCGAGGAAGACCUGGAUCUUUACCUCAAAGAAAUUCUCAACCCCGGUUUUACUUUCCAACGGUUCUACAAAAAUGGACGGAGUAUACCUGUUGGAAAGUUGAGUCUGAAUUCGAGGGCAGAAGCCACUUCGCUUGUAAGGAUGGGAAUCGAAGUGGGAUUUCAAAAAAUACGAUGCGAAUGGUUUAAAAACCCAGCAACAAGAUGCUUUCGCUGCCAACAAUUUGGUCACAUUGCUAACUUCUGCAAAGAAGUGGAAAGAUGUCUUUUCUGUGGUGGUGAUCAUAAUAUGAAAAUGUGCCCGAUUAAAGGAAAAACUGAGAAAAAAUGUAUAAACUGCGGUCUGAGUGGGCAUUUGGCUUGCUACGGUGGCUGCUCUUCAGCUAAGGCAGCCACUGAACAACUAAAAAAGCAGCUCAGUGCAGGGACAGACUGGCAAAGCAGAACACUCAAAAACUGUAUGGUCAAAAGCGGAGGCCGUUGA